UCAACUACUCAUUUCCCUUUCUAAUAUAUUUUAUUCUACUAUUUCGCUUUUUCUUAAUUGUAAAUAAGUGAAUUGUACAUAGAUAAAAAUCUUAAAUCUAAUAAAGAAUACAUCAAAUUAUCGAAACGAAGGCGUGAAUUAAAAUCAUUAAAAUUGAUAAUAAAUUAAUAGUCAAGAAUUGCAAAAUAAUUGAGCAAUUAUAACAAGUAUUCAGAUCGGCCAAUUAUGCAAAAUUCAAACAACCCGCCGUUGUAACUAAUCAGUUGGCACUCCUGUAUAUGCGCGCGCGGGCGCGAUCCGCGAUCAGUCGUGCAAACUGCAUCCAACGUAAACAUAAAUCUGCAAUGGCAGAAGAGGGAAAAAAGAUUUCGUUUGGUUUUUCAAAAUCUAUCAAGAAACCAGUUCUUAAAAAUGUCGUACCGAAGGAGGAAAAAAAAAUUGAUUAUAUUGAGUGCGUGGAUGAUAAGGCUAUCAAAAUUGUAGGGGGAGAAGAGAAAAAAGAUGAACCGCUUGUAAUUCCGAUGCUUGGUUCGAAAACUUGGCAUGAGAGGAUUAUUAACAAAGUUGAUGCUGACAUAUUCGAACCAAAAGUUACUGAUCCUAAGAUCAAAGAUGAGCCGAUGCCAGAUGUUCAAGUCAAGCAAGAAAAAGUGGAUGACAUUCCUAAUGGCAUUGUUCCAAAACCGAAUGAUGUAUUGCCAACGGAAGUAUCAGAAAUAAAAACAGAGCCUGUCGAUGAUCAAUCAUUAACUUUAGAAGAGCAAGCUGCCCGUGAGAUCAUAGCUGAUCUCAAUUCUGAUGAUAAUAAAAACAAAAAAGCGAAAGUUUUUACAUUGCCUAUUACAGGAAACGAUGAUCUGCAAGGUAAAGAAGAGCCAACUUUGGAUGAUUAUGAAAACAUACCUAUAGAGGAGUAUGGUAUGGCAAUGUUGCGUGGAAUGGGAUGGCAACCUGGAAAAGGGAUCGGCAAAAACGAAAAAGUUGUGCCUCCAGCAAUACCAGAACUGCGGCCCAAGGGAAUGGGACUUGGUGCAGACAAGUUGGUCGUUCAAUCAUUAAAAGGAAAGGGAAACAAUACAGAACACGAGAAAUUGAAAUUAGUCACGGGUGCCUGUGUAAAGGUUACAGCAGGGAAACAUAGUGGUAGCUAUGGAAAAAUUGUAGGAUUUGACGAAGAAGCUGCUAGAUUGUUCUUGAAGUUGGAGCUUGUCAGUGAAGUACUAUCAGUAAACGAAUGUUAUGUGCAACCAGUAACCACAACGGAGUAUACACAAAAUUCUAGAGUAUUAAAUACAAAAACAUAUGAGGGAUACAAGAAUGACGUAGUCAGUAAAAGUGGCAAACCAAAGGGAGAAACAUCCAAGAGCUCUGAGGAUGACAGCGAAGAAGAUCACAGAAAAAAACGGAGUGACAAAUCUAAAAAGAAAUCUAAGAAAAGACGAUCCCAAUCUUCAGAUGAUGAGGGUAGCGUAGAUAGAAGAUCAAGAAGAAAAAGAGAUUCUUCGUACAGUAGUGAGGAGGAGCAAAAGCAGAAGAGGUCGAAGAAAUCAAAAAAGCACAAGAGCCGUGAUAGUUCAGCAGAACGAUCGAGUCGGAAGAAUAAAAAGAAAGAUAAAGACCGUGAAAAGUCGAGACAGAAAAAAUCCGAAUAUUCUGGUUCAUCAGAAAAAUCAAGACAUAAAAAUCGUAGACGAUCACGGUCACGCAGUGAUUCCCCGAGGAAUCUUAGAAGAACGCGAUCACCAAGCGUUUCACCGAGAAACCGAAGACGAGAUCGCUCCCGCAGUUAAUCGCCAAGGCGGUAAAUGUGAUUUUAUGAAAAUCCUAUGGAUUUACAAAUGUAAUAUUUUCAUUUAUACCUACACACUUUUUUUACAAGUUUACUUCGAUGAUUAAUUUAAGAAAACAAGUAAAUAUUUGUACAGUUAAUAUUUAUUAACGAACUCCAUGAUCUUAUAAAAAUUAUUGCAGAGAGACUUACUAAGUGUAUACAAUCAGAAUUGUUUACUGCUUUGUAAAAAAUUAAAUGUAAAAUUUUGUUUAUUUUAAAUUUUGUAUGCUGCAAUCGUAUAAUAGAUAAUUGUAAAUGGAAUUUGUUUUGAAUUUUAAUCUGAAAAAUGCAUAUAAAGAAACGAUAUUUUAAUAAAAAAUAAUCAUUAAAAACUCAAAAA